CCCGCGCGCGCUGCGCCUCACGCGACGCGCAUCGCCCGUCGCCGCCGCGCGCGCUCCCUCGCGAACGCGCGCGCGGAUCCGAACCCGAACCCGAACCGAACGGCGUCAUGGCGCCGCGGCGUCCUCGCGCCGCGGUCGCGCUCGUCGUCGUCGCGGUUUUCGGCACCGUGCUCCGCGGAUGCGACGCGGCCGAGACUCGGACGGAGAUACGCGCCUCCGAGGAUGGCGCGCUGAGGCGGCUGCUCGCGUCGUCGCACUCGUAUCUCGUCCGCGACGACGUGCCGCUGUACGCGAACAAAGUCGGGCCGUUCCAUAACCCGUCGGAGACGUACCAGUACUACGACCUGCCGUUCUGCGAACCCGCGGACGGCGCCGUGAGCAAGCGGGAAGACCUCGGAGAAGUUCUCGAAGGCGACCGCAUGUCGUCGACGCCGUAUCAAGUCCCGUUCCGAGUCGACCGCGAGAACGAGUCUCUGUGCGAGCGAACGCUGAGCGCGAACGACCUGAAGAAGUUCCGGCGCGCGGUGAAGGACGACUAUUACUUUCAGAUGUACUACGACGACCUUCCGAUCUGGGGGUUCGUCGGAAAGAUCGAGAAGAUUUUAAACCCGGGCGCGCCGGAGCUGCGGUAUUACCUCUUCACGCACGUGCACUUCGACGUCGCGUACAACGGCGAUAAGGUGAUCGAGAUAAACGUCAGCACGGACCCGCUGAGGACCGUGGACAUCACCGACGGCGACUCCGUGCGCGUGGAGUUUUCGUUCAGCGUCAAGUGGAAAGAGACGCGCAUCCCGUUUAACCGACGCAUGGAGAAGUAUUCGCGGUAUUCGUUCCUGCCGCAACACCUCGAGAUUCACUGGUUCAGCAUAAUAAACUCGUGCGUCACCGUGCUGCUGCUGACCGGGUUCUUAGCGACGAUACUCAUGCGCGUCCUGAAGAACGACUUCAUCAAGUACUCGAGAGACGAGGACGUCGCGGAGGAGAGCGAGGAGACGGGGUGGAAGUACAUCCACGGCGACGUCUUCCGAUUCCCCCGCGCGAAAUCGCUGUUCUGCGCGGUCAUCGGCACGGGCACGCAGCUGUUCGCGAUGACGCUCUUCGUCUUCAUGCUCGCGCUCGUGGGCGUGUUUUACCCGUACAACCGCGGCGCGUUGCUGACGUCGGUCAUCGUGCUGUACGCGUUGACCUCCGGCGUCGCCGGAUACGUCGCGGCGAAUAACUACCGUCAGAUGGGCGGCGACAAGUGGGUCCGGAACGUGCUGCUGACCGUCGCCCUCUUCUGCGGGCCCCUGUGCGUCAUGUUCUCGUUCUUAAACACCGUCGCGAUCGCGUACCGGUCCACCGCGGCGCUGCCGUUCGGGACGAUCUGCGUCAUAUUCGUCAUCUGGGCGCUCGUGACGUUUCCGCUCACCGUGCUCGGCGGCAUCGCGGGGAAGAACGGCAGGUCGGAGUUCAAGGCGCCGUGCCGGACCACGAAGUACCCUCGCGAGAUUCCGCUGCUGCCGUGGUACCGCGCGGCGAUCCCGCAGAUGUGCAUGGCCGGGUUCUUGCCGUUCAGCGCGAUUUACAUCGAGCUGUACUACAUCUUCGCGUCCGUGUGGGGACACAAGGUGUACACGAUUUACAGCAUCCUGUUCAUCGUGUUCAUCAUCCUCGUCGUCGUCACCGCGUUCAUAACGAUCGCGCUGACGUACUUCCAGCUCGCGGUGGAGGACCACCAGUGGUGGUGGCGAAGCGUCCUGUGCGGCGGCAGCACGGGGGUGUUCAUAUACGCAUACUGCUUCUAUUACUACUACGCCAGGAGCGACAUGACCGGGUUCAUGCAGACGAGCUUUUUCUUCGGGUACAUGUCCGUGAUUUGUUACGGGUUUUUCCUGCUCCUCGGAAACAUCGGGUUCAGGGCGAGCUCGCUGUUCGUGAGGCACAUAUACAAGGCGAUCAAGUGCGAGUGAGAGAGGAGGAGGAGGAAGAGAGAUAUGUAUAGCGGUGGCUUUAGACGGGGGUGGGGUAGUUUAGACAUUCAUUCAAUUGGGUGCAACGAGCGAAGAAACGAUUCGCUUU